AUGGGGAAAUCGAGGAAAAAGAAAAAAGAGGAGGCUGGAUCAGAAACAAGAGCUAGAAUUGAUGAAUCAGAGAUUGAAGAUGAAAGUGAUGAGAUGGGUUGGACACAAGUGGACGGAGGGAGAAUAAAAAGUGUUGAAAAAGCAAAUAAUAAGAGGAAGAAAGAUAAUGAAGAUGAUUCAGUAGCGUUUGGCCUGCAGUGCAUAAGUCCUGGCACUUUUUUCCGCCAUCAGCGCUAUUACACUAUCCCUACCAUCGUGCAGGCCUGGAGGAAUGAGCAGAGUGGGAUCAUCAGGGAGUUGAAGGAGACUGGGGGUGGAUUGAUCCUGUCUGGUGACUGCAGAUCAGAUUCUCCUGGACACUGUGCCAAGUAUGGUAGCUACUCCUUGAUUGAGGAUCGAAUUAACAAAGUUUUGGAUGUUCAGCUUGUCCAAAGCUCAGAAGUCCCAAGCAGCUCUUGGUGUGAGCUAGAGGGUCUAAAGCGGAGUAUGCAGUUCCUGAUGGACCAAGACAUGCAAGUGUCUGCUCUGAUAACAGACAGAAAUCGGCAGGUGGCCAAGUGGGUACGUGAGAAAAUGUGUUCAGAAGGAACAAAGCAUUUCUUUGACGUCUGGCAUAUUGGGAAAAGUGUACAGAAAGCACUGGAUGCUGCUGCAAAAGAGAGGGACUGUGAGGAUCUGAAGCUGUGGAGGCCUGCCAUUAUCAACCAUCUCUACUGGACCGCAGCUUCCACCCCUACAGGAGAUCCAGAUGAGAUGCAGGCAAAAUGGCAGAGUAUGAUAAAUCAUGUACAGGACAUACAUGAACACAGCUCUCCAGCAUUUCCCAGCUGCGCACAUCCACCGUUGGAAGGAGAGGCAAGAAACAAGGAGUGGCUGGAACCAGGUACAACAUAA